AUGCCUGUGAAAAAGGCAACACAGCAAGUUAUCAACAUUGAAUCGGAUGACGACCAUGCGCCGGCGUGUAACAUGAAGAACGACAAGAUCUAUGACUUUCCUGAUGAUCCAGCCGUCAAACACCAAGCAGAGCCAGCCGUUGGCAAAAAGCGAAAACGAGAACCGGCGCGUAAGGAAAAGGUCAAGGAAGUGUUCUCGAAAGAGUAUAUCAAUUCAAGUGACGAAGACUCGGAUCUGAUAGACUUGGGUACGUCACAACGUCGUCUGGUCAAGAAGAAGCCCGACGAGAAGAACACGCGACUGAAUGAAUCUUGCAAGUCGGCGAAAGUACCAGGUGUGGUGCCGCGUGCAGCCGUGAAGAUUACACCGCGUCGGACCAUUGAUGACUAUUGUGCAGGUCCCCUCAGCUCAUCUGACUCAAAUGGAUCUGAUAGCGAGAGUGAGCUCAUCAUAAAGAAGAAAGUCACGCCAGCGGUUGCCAGGAAAGGGUCGCCGAAAGAGACGAAAGCGUCCAAGUCUAUUACGCAUGCAUCGUCUCAGGCAAGGAGAAUCUCAUCAUCUAAGACUGAACAGGACGCAAUAGCGAGUAUGCUAACUCCUGUCUCACCCGAAGCAUCCAAGCCGAAAGCAAUGCCGCUCACGUCUGCUCAGCAAAGAACUGGUGCAAGAUCACCUUUUGAGACUACAAAGUCGAGUGCAGACGUUGAAACGAUCGGGAAAAGCUUGCCAACCCCUCCUUCACCAAUGAAUGUAAAAGUUGUGGUCACCCCACAAAUGGCAUUCAAUCAAGCCAUUGCACAGGAGGUGCUUCGUGGCUUGGCUCAGGCUGGAAGGAAGCCCUUGCAGGCCUCCAUCAGUCAAAUGAAUCUGCCUACAGUCGUCAGCUCGGAAGUUCGUCCGGCAGGAUCGAGCUUGGAGGUGCGCACAGCCCAAGCAACCACUAUCACGGUGUCUCCCGUCAAAGUGGUGUCAGAUCUGGGAUCUGGAAGGGUCAUCAAUUAUGCCGCAAGCACAGCGCUACCUAUCGCAGUCAAGCCAAGGCUUGCAACAGGUCUCUCGCGUCGUCAGCGUGUUGAGCCGCUCCAUAAGAUUAUCAAGAAGUAA